AUGGCUUUGGCUGCAGGUCAGACGUACCGUGGUGUCACCAAUGUUGUGUUUGAGGAUGUCAACCCAGCUUUUGGGAGUCUUGCCGGGCCCAUAAGUUGGACGCCUCCGUCCGACAUGACGGAUGUUGAUGGCUACCGCUUCCUGAUAACGACUAAUGCUGACGGCGGGAUUGUCGAUGGUGGGACUCCAGAUCUUUCGAGGCUACGAGAACUGGAGCAUCCAGGCCUGGGAGGACUUCUUGAUCGUACUUACACCAACUUCACGCUUGCAGACACCCUCCGACAGGCACUUAUUUAUGUCCCUGACAUAACACCACCACGCUACUUGCAAGUUUACACCAUCAUCGAUGGACAGUGGCAAUAUGCUUCGGAGCUUGCCCCUUCUGCCAUCAUCCCGAUCUAUGACCGCGGCGGGAACUUUUCCACCCUCCCAUUGGAGGCACAGCACGGGGUGUUUGCAGAUGCAGAUCCUCGCUGCGGCUACGUUGAUGGAGGCCUUUCGUUUGUGGUCCCCUCCGAUGCUGACUUUACUUACAUCAGCUCCUGGAGAAUCUUUUUUGCAGAGGAUUCCAUGGGCACCAAUCCGACAUCCACCUUAGAACUGCCGUUUGCACUAAGCAACUUCAUUAAUCUCUCUGACUACGAGAUCGGAUCUCGGUCCGUGUUAAUUAUUGCGGGUGCCACGGACACUGGAGACAUCACGCUGCCCAUAGCGGACAUCGACGCAUGCAGUAACACAACUUCCAGAGUCGGACAGACCGUGUCAAACGCGUCGAUACCUGUUGGGUGGCUCUUGGCCGAUUCCGGAUCUGGGCCGCCUGAGCGGUCCAGCCACGCGUCUGCCAUGGAGGGCGGCCGAUUCUGGGUUUUCGGAGGAGCUGAUUACGAGGGCAGGGACAAGAGUGACCUCUGGCACUACGCGGUCGAGGCCGGAUGGACGCUGGUGGAUCAGGGCUCCGGGCCGUCUGCGCGUUCGUUGCACUCCGCUGCGGCGGCCGAUGGGCGCCUCUGGAUUUUCGGAGGUCUUCAGUUCUCGACAAGCCUUGUCCUGGGCGACCUUUGGUACUUUGAGGGCGAGGCCUGGGUGCAAGUGGAUGCGGGAUCGGCGGGGUCGCCCUCCCCGCGCUUCAACCAUUACUCAGCCAUGGCCCUUCCAAACCGCCUGUGGCUCUUCGGAGGAGGAAGAGAUGGUACUUGGGAACGCCUCAGCGACCUCUGGUACUUCACUCCGGAUGUGGGGUGGACGAGCCUCCCAUCUGGUUCGGGGACCUGGCCGUCGGCGCGCCAAGCCGGUGCUGCGGAAGCAGACUCUUCCGGGCGGUUUUGGGUCUUUGGAGGAGUGAAUGCCAGCCUUCAUCACAUGAAUGACCUGUGGCACUUCAUGGUCGAGGCGGGCUGGACUCUGGCGGAUGCUGGCUCCGGCUUGGCACCCUCCCCGCGAGAAGGCUGCAGUUCCGCCAUGGACGCAGCAGGACGCUUCUGGCUCUUCGGAGGCUAUGAUGAUGCCACGUUUUUCGACGAUCUCUGGUACUUUGCGGAGGCCGUCUGGGUGCGGGCUGACAGCAGUGCUUGGCCUGCUUGGGCCUGGCCUGCUCCACGGACUUUGCAUUCCUCGGCCAUGGACGCCUCCGGCCGCUUUUGGCUUUUUGGAGGCUACAACGGGACCACCUUCGGCACCUGCUGCACGAUGAACGACUUGUGGUGCUUCAGUGCCGAGAUUCAGAGCUCCACGACAAUAACUACCAGUCUGUCGAGCACGACUUGCGUGGACGCUGCUGCAUGGUUCCAGGUCGAAUCCGGAUCGGGUCCUUCUGAGCGCUACAGCCAUGCGUCUGCCAUGGAGGGCGGCCGGUUCUGGGUUUUCGGAGGAACUGACCAUUCGGGCAGGGACAAGAGUGACCUCUGGCAUUACACGGUUGAGGAUGCCUGGACGCUGGUGGAUCAGGGCUCCGGACCCUCAGCGCGCUGGUUGCACUCCGCUGCCGCGGCCGAUGGGCGCCUCUGGAUCUUCGGAGGUUAUCAGCAGGGAACCUUCUCCGUCUUUGGGGACUUGUGGUAUUUCCAAGACCAGGCCUGGACAGAGGUGGCGGAGGCGGGGUCGCCGUCCCCACGGUUUGGCCACGUCUCGGCCAUGGCGCUGAACCGCUUCUGGAUCUUCGGAGGGAACGACUUCCGUGUCGAUGGCCUCAAUGACCUCUGGUACUUCACUCCAGAUGUGGGCUGGACGAGCCUCCCAUCUGGUUCGGGGACCUGGCCGUCGGCGCGCCAAGCCGGUGCCGCAGAAGCGGACUCUUCCGGGCGGUUCUGGAUUUUUGGAGGUGAGAAUGCGCCGUUCAACGCGCCCUUCAUGAGCAAUGAUCUGUGGCACUUCACGGUCGAGGCAGGCUGGACUCUGGCGGAUGCUGGCUCCGGCUCGGCACCCUCCGUGCGAGCCGGCUGCAGUUCCGCCAUGGACGCAGUAGGUCGCCUCUGGCUCUUCGGAGGUCAUAAUUAUGCCGCGAUGCUCGACGAUCUCUGGUACUUUGCAGAGGCCUGGAUGCAGGCUGACAGCCCUGGCCUCUGGCCUCCUCCGCGAUUCGUGCAUUCUUCGGCCACGGACACCUCCGGCCGCUUUUGGCUCUUCGGAGGCUACAACGGGACCUUCGGCUCCUGCUGCACAAUGAACGACUUGUGGUACUUCGGUCCCGAGAUCCAGAGCUCGACCACCACUACCACCAGUCAGACCACCGCGACCUCCAGCUCCACCGCUUCCAUGUCUACAACCACCACAGCUACGCCCACAACUUCGUCAAGCACGACUUGGGUGGACGCUGCUGCAUGGUUCCAGGUCGAAUCCGGAUCGGGUCCUUCUGAGCGCUACAGCCAUGCGUCUGCCAUGGAGGGCGGCCGGUUCUGGGUUUUCGGAGGAACUGACCAUUCGGGCAGGGACAAGAGUGACCUCUGGCAUUACACGGUUGAGGAUGCCUGGACGCUGGUGGAUCAGGGCUCCGGACCCUCAGCGCGCUGGUUGCACUCCGCUGCCGCGGCCGAUGGGCGCCUCUGGAUCUUCGGAGGUUAUCAGCAGGGAACCUUCUCCGUCUUUGGGGACUUGUGGUAUAUCCAAGACCAGGCCUGGACAGAGGUGGCGGAGGCGGGGUCGCCGUCCCCACGGUUUGGCCACGUCUCGGCCAUGGCGCUGAACCGCUUCUGGAUCUUCGGAGGGAACGACUUCCGUGUCGAUGGCCUCAAUGACCUCUGGUACUUCACUCCAGAUGUGGGCUGGACGAGCCUCCCAUCUGGUUCGGGGACCUGGCCGUCGGCGCGCCAAGCCGGUGCCGCAGAAGCGGACUCUUCCGGGCGGUUCUGGAUUUUUGGAGGUGAGAAUGCGCCGUUCAACGCGCCCUUCAUGAGCAAUGAUCUGUGGCACUUCACGGUCGAGGCAGGCUGGACUCUGGCGGAUGCUGGCUCCGGCUCGGCACCCUCCGUGCGAGCCGGCUGCAGUUCCGCCAUGGACGCAGUAGGUCGCCUCUGGCUCUUCGGAGGUCAUAAUUAUGCCGCGAUGCUCGACGAUCUCUGGUACUUUGCAGAGGCCUGGAUGCAGGCUGACAGCCCUGGCCUCUGGCCUCCUCCGCGAUUCGUGCAUUCUUCGGUCAUGGACUCCUCCGGCCGCUUUUGGCUCUUCGGAGGCUACAACGGGACCUUCGGCUCCUGCUGCACAAUGAACGACUUGUGGUACUUCGGUCCCGAGAUCCAGAGCUCGACCACCACUACCACCAGUCAGACCACCACGACCUCCAGCUCCACCGCUUCCUUGUCAACUACUACAAAGACCGCUGUUGUUGCGUGGUUCCAGGCCGAUGGAUCGGGAUCCGGCCCAAACGGGCGGAGCAGCCAAGCGGCUGCUUCGGAGGGCGGCCGGUUCUGGGUUUUCGGAGGACUGGAUCAGUCGGGGGGGAACAAGAGAGACCUCUGGCACUACACGCCUGAGGCAGCCUGGACGCUGGUGGAUGAGGGCUCCGGGCCCGCCGCGCGGCAUCUGCACUCUGCCGCUGCAGACGAAGGCCGACUGUGGAUCUUCGGAGGGCGUGGGUCCUCCGACUUCGGGGACCUUUGGUACUUCGAGGCAGACAGAAUCAACCCCGAAAGACAGGCAUGGUCCCAGGUGGCGGCCCUUGGAGGGUCCGAGCCCUCGCCGCGUCGCGCCCACUUCUCGGCCAUGGCCCUGAACCGCUUCUGGGUCUUCGCAGGUCGAGUGGAGGAGCCUCGGCUCCAAGAGCUCUUCUCUGGGGCCUUGGCCCUCGGAUUUCGGGGCGAGGAGUUUCACAAUGACCUCUGGCACUUCACUGUCGAGGCAAAUUGGACCCUGGUAGAUGAUGGCGGCUCCGGACCGUCCGGACGAGCCGGGUGCAGUGCCGCCAUGGAUGCUGCAGGGCGUUUCUGGCUUUUCGGAGGCUUCGCUAUCAAUGGCGAACCGCUCGACGAUCUGUGGUACUUUGCGGAGGCCUGGAUACAGGCUGACAGCCCAGGCCUUUGGCCUCCUGCACGAUUCGCCCAUUCCUCGGCCAUGGAUGCUUCCGGCCGCUUUUGGCUCUUCGGAGGCCGUGCGGACGGGACUGCGGGCAGCACGGUCCGAACGAACGACCUGUGGUACUUCGAAAUCAUCAAUCAGUCCAUGCCGGAAGUGAAAGCAGAAGCGUGGCUGAAAAGAUUUGACGACCGGCGCCUGACAAAGGCACACAACUUCACGCAGCACGUCUUCCACAAGCACGCACACAACUUCAAGCAGUACUUCUUCCACAAGCACGCAUCCGGCCCGGAUUCAUUGCAGUCCACGGAAAACGUUGCUAUGGCAAACAUUUUCAAGAUUGCAUGUGCUCAGGCACACCACUUCAAGCGCUUCUUCCACAACUUCAAGCACUUCUUCCACAAGCACGCAUCCGGCCCGGAUUCAGUGCAGUCCACCACGGCAGCAAAGAGAACCGUGGCUAUUGAAAACAUUUUGAAGAUUGCAUGGGCUCAGGCGUGCGUCUUCAAGCAGCACUUCUUCCACAAGCAGGCAUCCGGCCCGGAUUCAGCACAGCCCGCGGCAGCAAAGAGAACCGUUGCAUGGGCUCAGGCACACAACUUCAAGCAGUACUUCUUCCACAAGCACGUUGUAUGGUCUCAGGCACACAACAACUUCAAGCAGCACUUCUUCCACAAGCACGCAUCGGGCCCGGAUUCAGUGCAGUCCACGGAAAACGUUGCUAUGGCAAACAUUUUGAAGAUUGCAUGUGCUCAGGCACACCACUUCAAGCACUUCUUCCACGAGCAGGCGCACAACUUCAAGCACUUCUUCCACAAGCACGCAUCCGGCCCGGAUUCAGUGCAGUCCACCGCGGCAGCAAAGAGAACCGUGGCUAUUGAAAACAUUUUGAAGAUUGCAUGGGCUCAGGCGUGCGUCUUCAAGCAGCACUUCUUCCACAAGCAGGCACACAACUUCAAGCAGUACUUCUUCCACAAGCACGCAUCCGGCCCGGAUUCAUUGCAGUCCACGGAAAACGAGUACAACUUCAAGCACUUCUUCCACAAGCACGCACACAACAACUUCAAGCAGCACUUCUUCCACAAGCACGCAUCGGGCCCGGAUUCAGUUCAGUCCACGGAAAACGGCUCUUUGGCGGGAGACGGUGAAGAGGUGCAAUCAGCGAGCUUGACUGUUCUCUUGUCUCUUGGCUUCUGCUGCUCGCUUGGGGCCUGCUGUUGCGCAUGGGUCUAUAGGGUCCGGGUCCGGCGGCGCCUGAAGGCUUCCAAGGUCCAAGCAGACGAGGAGGACUUCUGCCAAGUUCUGCCAUCCGACAGCGCAGGCGAGUCUGCAGCCUCGGACCAUCACAGGUUCAUACAAGAGUUGGCGCAAGUUGCCGCGGACAAUGCUUCUGAUCCAGACAUGGAGUCGCUCAUCGCCCAAGUCUUCAAGGGCUGGGAGGAAAGGCAAUGUGCCAAGCGAGGCAUCGAGCAAUCAUCUGAGAUGGCAGCGCAGCUGCAUGAUACGCUGGCCUCCUUCCAGACACUGGUCUUGCGUGAGCUGGAUGCUGUGAACAACGCCGACAUGGCAGACUCAACCGAGGGCGCUGAGAGGCUUUACGCUGCUUUUCUGCAAGCCUGGGAGGAAGUUACGCAUGGAGCAGACGCUGACCGCACGAUGCACAAGAACGAGCAGGUGGAGGUCAUGCCCGGUCCGCCCGAUAGCGAGGCAAGUGACGAGCUACAGGCAGUCGAGGUCAUCAAGAGUCCGCUGGACAUGGAAGUCGAAGAUUGCAAAGCAAUCCCAGCUAGUGGGCAAGAUGACGUGAAAGUGGAUCGGGCGCCGUCUGACUCAAUCGAGUCAGCUCAACUCAUUCCAGUACCCAACGAGGGCGUGCUGGCGGAUGCAGCAGCAGCGAGUCCUUCUGGCGUAAAGAAUGAGGAUGGGCAUCAGCUAGCACGCGAGUUGGCGCAAGUUGCCGCGGACAAUGCUUCUGAUCCAGAAAUGGAGUCGCUCAUUGCCCAAGUCUUCAAGGGCUGGGAGGAAAGGCAAUGUGCCAAGCGAGGCAUCGAGCAAUCAUCUGAGAUGGCAGCGCAGCUGCAUGAUACGCUGGCCUCCUUCCAGACACUGGUCUUGCGUGAGCUGGAUGCUGUGAACAACGCCGACAUGGCAGACUCAACUGCAGGAGCCGAACCUCUUUACACUGCUCUGCUUCAAGCCUGGAAGGAAGUAGCGCAUGGCGCAGACGUUGAUGGGACCAUGCACAGUCUCAGAAGCGAGCAGGGGGCGCAGGCAGCGCAGGUGGAGACCUCCAGAGGAGUUGGAGACGAGAUGAGGAGGUCCUCGCGAGUACAAGACAAGAGCUGCGAACCAGCGCCGCAUGAGAACGCGGUGACUCAGGAGUCCUGCGAGGACGCAGGCUCUGGGCGCCUUUCGCAAGGCUUCGAACGGCUUCUGGAAGCGUGCCUGAAAAAGACUUCUCCAGAUGUGCGGAUGGACAUCGUGAAGGCCUGGGAUUGGAAGGAACUGGCAGGCGAUGCCCACGCUGAGGACAUGGCCACGUUUGUUCAGGCCCUCUUCGACUGUGCGGAUGUCCAGGGUGGCCUGGAGAACAGCGACGUGGACCUUCUGCGGGCUCAGGUCAUGGAGCACUGGCAGCUCCUCACCGCGCAGCUCCUCACCCAGGAAACCACCACCACCCGAGAGCAGAACUUGGCGAAGUCCAAAGCCGAGGCAGAAGGCGGAAAGCGAGUCGGAGAAGAUCCCGAAAUGCAGCCGGUCCCUGGCAGCAGAGAGGCUGAGGCUGCGUUUGCUGCGUUUCGCGUGCAGCUCCGCCUCUGCCUCUUUGAUUCCCAGGAGCCAGUGGGCGAUGUCGGUGCGAGUGAUGGCAAGGUUCCUCCCGAUCCUAUCUGGAAGCCAUCGCCACAGCCACAACUUGCACGUUCGGAAGAGCAGGUUCAGCUCGGGCCGGAGGUCUUCAGAACGAGCUCGAAGCUGCUCACAGAACUCUCCGACCUCUUCGAGAACGCCUGGGCGCGGCCAGGUGCCGACUUCCAACCAGAAGUGUUGAGCAUUUGCGAGACCUGGAAGCGAAAGCUGCUGAAGCUCCAUGCUGGAGCGCCUGGUUUGGAGACAUGGAUUGAUGCAGUUCUGCAUUCUGUCAACACGGCUUUACAGCUGGAGGCAGGGACGGCCGAGGGCACCUUGCGCGGCGAUGUGGACACCGGUCGUCUUCAAAAGAAGCUGCAGGAAGCUGUGCAGAAGCACAUCCCGGCGGCACUGAAGGCCACCCCGAAGGAGAGGUCCACCUCCUCCAGGCAGCCCGCAAGGCUCCGGGAGAAGAGGAACCGAGCGUUGCUGACGGCCGGGGACCUGCUCACGCAGGAGAAGUGA